AUGCUUUUUGCGCCUGACGCGCCCAAGGGGCGCGGCAGCUCAGCUGCCCUGUGGAACCAGAACGGCAACUGGCUGCUGUCGGUGUCUCGCGACCAAACGCUCAAGGUGUGGGAUGUGCGCACAAUGAAGGAGCUGCAGACGCUGCAGGGCCACUCAAGGGACGUGCUGUCUGCGGAGUGGCACCCCAUUCACGAGGACGUGUGUGUCUCUGGCUCGUUUGAUGGGACGCUGUGCCACUGGCUGGUCGGCCAGGCCGAGCCGCAGGCGGUGGUGACCGGCGCGCACGACAGCAGCAUAUGGGCGCUCGCGUACCACCCCUUGGGACACGUGCUCGCGUCAGCCGGUGGUGACGCGUCCAUCAAGUUCUGGUGCCGCCAGCGGCCGGGGGACCCCUGGCAGGACACCAAGCUCAAAGAGCAGCAGGAGGGCGCCACGUCAUACGCAGCAGCAGCUUCAGAGGCGCCGGGGCUGAGAAGCCUGUCACCCGCCGGCGACCCCUCGCCGCUCGGCGCGGCUCCCGGGCACGGCAGGACCGCGGACUUGUUGGCCUAG